AUGUCUAUCCAAAGUCUUAUAAAAGUACCAACUUCUUAUUCUCAUUUCAAGCAUCAACGCAUCAUCCAUAAUGUAGCUCCAAUUCCAAAACCUGGGGAUGUUGGAGCACAAGCCGUGGCAAUCAGAAUAGCAGGAGACCAAUCUGCAUUCUGGGGUUGUGGAUUCUUUGGUGCCCAGGACACUCUUCAUGAUGAUAGGGGUCGCCAUUACUUCAAGGAUUGCUAUAUCCAAGGUUCAAUCGACUUCAUCUUCGGCAAUGGAAGAUCAUUUUAUGAGGACUGCCAGUUGACUUCUAUAUCCAGCCCAGUACCAACAGGAGUGAAGACUAUAAAUGGAGCCAUUACAGCCCACGGCCGAGCUUCCAACGACGAAAACAGUGGCUUUGCAUUUGUCAACUGCACAGUAGGAGGGACAGGAAGAACAUGGCUAGGUCGAGCAUGGAGGCCAUUCUCGAGAGUUGUUUUUGCUUUCACGUCUAUGUCUGAUAUCAUUGCCCCCGAGGGGUGGAACGACUUCAACGACCCCAGUAGAGACCAGACUAUCUUUUAUGGAGAAUACAAGUGCUUAGGUGCCGGAUCUAAUAUGACAAUGCGGGUGGCAUAUGCCCAGAGACUCAAUGACACACAAGCUUCACCCUUUCUUAAUGUAUCAUUCAUUGAUGGUGAUCUGUGGUUGCAAACACAGACAUAG